AUGCGUUUGAGAGAGCGAGAGCUCCUCCGGCCUCCAGAUAGGUAUGGGGCUGGAGACUGGGUAGGAACAAAUGCUUCUGGUCGUCGAGGCGCGUCAAAACUAGACGACGACAUGGAAGAUGAGCUGCCAUCUCCGCCACGUAUUCCGCCUAUCGCGAGGCCAACGGCCGGGCCACCGCCGUACAUCGAUUAUAAUCCGAAUUCACCCCCGGCUGCAUUUCCCACAUACGAUAGCCCUCGGCCGGGAAAUGUACCGUCCUCAAACAAUGGAAUAACCUCUCUGAAUAGUGCUGCUAAUCAAUUUCAGAGCGAGACAUGGAGCGACAUGGAAUCAAGCGACGAAGAUGGCAGUGGGGGCGAUGACGACCACUCUGUUGAUGUCGAGGAUUAUAAGUACCUUCACGCGCCAACACAUGUCGAAUGGAAAGAUCUCAGCCCCAUCAUACAAAUGGAGAUAGUUCAGAACCUCACCCAAGUUUAUACAUGGCCGCGUGUUGUGGGCAUGUUGCAACUGACAUCCUCGGAACAGGAAGACGCCUUCGAAACCCCAGCACGUCGCAGGAAGCAGGCUGAGGAAGAAGCUGAGAAGUUGAACGAAAUGCAGGUAAAGCAGCUGAGAGCGCUUCUCCGCAUCGAUAAUAGCAUCCUGCGAAAGUCUCGAGUCCCAGGCCAACUGGUCUUUCGAAGCAUAUCAAAACAGUAUCUCAGAGCUACAAGGAACCGCACCACACUUGAUCAUCUCAUGAUCAAGGCAAGCGAGCUUUUAGCUGCUCGGAGGUUCCUGCGAAGGCUUGGUAUCGACACAAAAUAUGCUGGGGAGUGGAAGAAUGAUCUUGCGACCAUUAACCAGACGUCAGACUUCGACGGUGAGGAUGAAUUCAAGUGGAUUCUCGACUCGGAUGACCCCGAGCAGAGUGCACGCAACCAGUCAGCGACCCAGGUUGAAGAUUCCUCACCUCCAACUUCUUCGCAGGAUGAUAGCACCGUCGGCUCAAAUGUUCGUUUCAUCAACCAUUUUGGAGACUCCGGCGGGAACGCUUAUGAUGUACCACUGUACGAAGAAAGCAACCCACCGUUGCCCUCGACUCCCCUGAAUGCUGCUCAACAAAUUUUCGGUCGCAGAAAAUCCCUCCAGAGACAUGAUAGAAGUACACCAAGUCGCGCUGUAAACCAUGGCCAUGGACCUGAAAGUCCAAUCGUUCGACUGAGUGUUGGCCCUGAGGGCGCAGCGCAGAUACAAAGCAUCCCAUUCACGCUGUCGUUAUCACCGCCGUCACCUCAAGGCAUACCUUCGAGCCCUCCCGUGCCACUGCCCUCUAGUCAUGACCAACCACCUAGUUCUUCUGCAAUAUCCAAACGGACAGAGUCUAGAAAACGCCGGCUUUCGGAAUCUGCAGCCCCAUCAAGUCCUCUGAGGCGGCGUGACACACUCCCCGUGCAGAGGGUAUUAAGCGGGCCCUGGUGGUAUAAUUCAGGACAGGCUGGCUCCCAGAAUGAAGUCACAUCGUCUCAGAAGUUAAACGAAAGGCUGCAUGCGGUGAGAGCUGAAACUGAGAUUAAGCGACAAUCUACCUCACUCGCGGUAGGUAAACCGCUUCAGAGGGUACAGCUCAGCUUACCGAUACGGAAACUACCUCUGAUGUACAGCACCCAUGCUUCACCUAGCGCAUGCAGCGACGACACGAUCCUCCAGACUCCUCCGCCUGGGUUUUCAGAUUCAACAGCGAGCCCCUUUAGUACGCCAACGAAGAAAAAUAUCCCACAGUUGACUAUAAAGACUACCAAUAAAGAGGUUGAUACCAAUCUGACAUCUAGCUCUCCAGGGGAUAGGGAGCGUGGCCCAGCCUAUUCGCCUAUAUCACCACAAAUGGGAACAUUCCCAUUAACAGGGAUGACUGGGAGUGUAAAUGAACAAGGUCAGGAUACUGAUCUCAUGGGCAUUGAUAUCCCAAAUUCCACUGACGAGAGAGAAAACCAAAGAGAAGCAGCGAGCGCUAUCGUAGCAGAGGGAGGAUUAUCCACAGUUGAACAGAUAAUGCCCGUUUCGCCAUCACAGAAGACUCAGCACUCUCAACAAAGUUCCACCGGGCCUUCCGAUUCAAUCGAUGAGACAACUAAGGAGAAGGAGACCCCUAUUCCAAUUACGGAACCCCCAAAGCUUAAGCCUGAAGAUAUUUCCAAAGACGACGAUACUUGCGAUGUUAAAUCGUUUACUACUGUCGUCCAUGUGUGUUGUGACGUUCCGCCGUGUAAACCGAAGAGCGAGCAGGAUGAAUGCGCUCCUCAUACCCUCUAUCUCACGCCAGCCGAUUCUCAAAACGCCCCGACGAUUAAAGAAAAGAAAGAAAUCGGCGAGACUCAAACGAAGAAGAAACUGGCCAAGAAAAAGGCAGCUGUUCCCGCAGAGGACAGACGGCGCAACAUAUUGAAGAGGGAUAUCAGGGUGUACACCACAAUUUCUACCAUCUCUAUCGUUUUCGAUUUUGCCGCGAGUUCCGCCACCACCUGUCCAAGCUUGUUAGUACAGGGGGGUGAAAAUAAAGAGAACAUCAUGGAAUCAAAAGCUAUCAAUAAACACGAGGAAGAGGAAGAGGAAGAUGAUAUGGAGGGUAUGGGUAUAAAAGCCCGAGCAUUGACGAAGCUACUACAAACUAGCUCGGUGUUUGUAGCUAUUAUGGCUGAUAAAAUGAAGGAGCAGCAGAAGAAACAACAAGAACAGGCAAAAAGACAAGCUACGAAACCAAAAACACUCGCUGAGAAGCAGCAGGUUACUACUGAACCCGCGAGCAAGCGAACAACAAGAGCUAGUGGGAGGAAUGCUCCGUCCGAUAUGCCCAAGGAUACCGAAGAUACCCAGGGGAAGAAGACCAGCGCAGCCAAGCUGCCUAGUCGAGCAGGGGCUGGGAAAAAUACAAAGGGGUCCAAAAGCAGUAUUACCAGCUACUUUAAGCAAGCGAAUGUCGAAGUUGCAGAAGACAAACCUACUGUUCAAGAAGCUUUGGCACAGGCUGCGGACGAGUUCGAGGCGAAACCUUCAGCCUUAGGCGAGCAAGAAGAUCUGGUUGCAACCCAACAGCCGUCCUUGAUUACGGGUGGGAAAAUGAGACAGUAUCAACUCGAGGGCUUGGAAUGGAUGAAGUCCCUUUGGAUGAACGGGCUCUGCGGUAUUCUCGCCGAUGAGAUGGGCCUCGGCAAGACAAUCCAGGCAAUAUCGCUGAUUGCAUUUUUCAAGGAACAUAACAUCUCGGGUCCAUUCCUAAUAGCUGCACCCCUGAGUACGGUGAGCAAUUGGGUGAACGAGUUCGCGCGAUGGACUCCAUCCAUUAAAACUGUUCUAUAUCAUGGAACCAAGGAACAGCGGAGCGAGAUUCGGCGAACACAGAUGAAAACCCAGGAUCAGAAAUCACCGGAUUUUCCGGUGGUUUGCACAUCAUAUGAGAUCUGCAUGAAUGAUCGAAAGUUCCUCGCAAGCUACCAGUGGAAAUAUAUCAUCGUGGACGAAGGACACCGGCUUAAGAAUAUGAACUGUAAACUGAUAAAGGAGCUAUUGACCUAUCCCUCUGCCAAUCGUUUACUCAUAACUGGAACUCCUCUACAAAACAAUAUAGCCGAGCUGUGGUCCCUGCUUCACUUCCUACUCCCAGAGAUAUUCAAUGACCUUGAUAACUUUCAAAACUGGUUUGAUUUCUCAUCCGUUCUCGACGAGUCAGGCCAGAAAGACGUUACCGAAAGACGAAAGCAUAAUCUCGUGUCUACGAUGCAUGCUAUUCUCAAGCCGUUCUUAUUACGGCGAUUAAAGACAGACGUUGAAUCGUCACUCCCGAAGAAACGAGAAUACAUCUUGUACGCCCCUUUAACACCGGAACAAAAGGAAUUGUAUGUCCAGAUAGCGAAUGGCACAAGCCGCCAGUACCUCGAAGAGAAAGCCGCAGAGCGAAUAGAAGCCAGAAACGGAUGGGCUAAGCAGUCGAGAGCACAAAGUUUGAAGAGAGGUGCAACUGGUAGCGAGCUAAGUACUCCAAACAAGAGCGCAAAAUCCAGUCGUGACUCUACGCCAACCCGGACUCGCCGUCGAGGGCGACAAACCUACAAAGAGAUAUCUGAUAGGGAGUUCAAUAGCAAGUUGGCAAAACUUGAGUGUGGAAUUGAAGAUGAUACCCCGGAGACGAGUGAGCCUAGCGAAGGUGAGAUGGAGCAAAUUGAACGAGCGAAGACAAUGAAGCUAGCAAAAAAGGAAAUUUCAUCCAAGAAGCUGCAAAAUCCUGUAAUGCAAGCUAGGCUGGUCUGCAACUCGCCGCUCAACUUUUACUGGCCAUGGGAUGAAAACUCACCUGGAGUCGACUCGACUCUUGUAACGUCAUCCGGCAAAAUGCUCCUGCUAGAUCGUCUUGUGCCCUGUCUCAUAUCAAAGGGGCACAAAAUCCUAAUCUUCUCACAGUUUAAAGGCCAGCUUGACAUCUUGGAAGAUUGGGCUACGCAGCUUCGGUCUUGGAACUGCUGUAGAAUUGACGGCGCAAUUGCGCAGGCCGAUCGUCAGGAGCAGAUCAAUGCCUUCAACACAGAUCCUGACUACAGGAUAUUCCUGCUAAGUACCCGAGCGGGGGGCCAGGGAAUCAACCUUACAUCUGCCGAUACUGUUAUUCUCUUCGACUCCGACUGGAAUCCACAGCAAGAUCUCCAAGCACAGGAUCGCGCCCACCGCAUUGGCCAAACGAAGCCUGUUAUUGUCUACCGGCUGGCCACCAGGGGUACGAUUGAACAGACCCUCCUUGAGCGGGCUGGUUCCAAGCGCCGGCUAGAGAAACUAGUUAUUCAAAAGGGCAAAUUCAAGAGUCUACUGGACCCGUCGGGCUCAUCUAACCCGCAGCGUCAAGCAGACGAAUUGAAGAAGAUAUUCGGUGAUGAGGAUAUUGAAGUAUUCAAUAUCGGCGCGGGAACGACCUCGGAAUCGUUACUUUCUCAGCGGGAUUUAGAUAUCCUGACGGACCGCAGUGAAGAGGCGUAUUCUGACCAGGGGAUGAAUGAGAGCGGUCGUGCCUUUACUGCUGUCAAGGCGAAGACUGACGCAGAUGAGAUCAUGGCUGACAUUACGACCAAAUGA